AUGAUGGAAAAAUACGAGAGAUUGGGGAAAAUUGGUGAAGGAUCGUAUGGAGUCGUGUUCAAGUGCAGAAAUCGAGACACGGGACAGAUCGUUGCUAUCAAGAAAUUCUUCGAAACCGAAGAUGAUCCACAAAUCAAAAAGAUCGCACUACGAGAGAUCCGAAUGUUAAAGCAAUUGAAACACCCGAACUUGGUGUGUCUCAUUGAAGUUUUUAAAAGAAAUCGAAAAUUGCAUUUGGUAUUUGAGCACUGUGAUCGAACAGUGCUUCACGAUUUGGAAAAGAAUCCGAAUGGAGUACCUGAGGAUCUCACAAAGAAAGUUCUUUAUCAAUUAUUGUUGGCCGUUCAAUUUUGUCACGCUCACAAUUGUAUUCACCGCGAUGUGAAACCAGAGAACAUUUUGUUGACGAAAAGCGAUGUGGUGAAGCUAGCUGAUUUUGGAUUUGCGAGAAUUAUAAAUACAAACGAGAUGUACACGGAUUACGUGGCAACUAGAUGGUAUCGAAGUCCAGAGUUGCUUGUGGGCGAUACCCAAUACGGUCCGCCAGUUGACAUUUGGGCAAUCGGUUGUGUGUUCGCGGAAAUGAUCACCGGUGAAGCUUUAUGGCCAGGAAGAAGCGAUAUCGAUCAAUUGUAUCUCAUUCGGAAGAGUAUUGGCGAAUUCCUGCCUCGACAUCUCUCCAUUUUCCGUUCCAAUCAAUUUUUCUAUGGCUUAACGAUUCCCGAAGCGGAUGCGGAAGAGCCGUUAACGAUGAAAUUACCAAAUGCUACGAGCACUCAAAUCGAUUUCUUAUUGAAAUGCUUUGAUAUGAAUCCGGAGAAGAGAUGGUCGUGCACUGAAUUGUUGGCUCAUGAUUAUUUAAAGGGCUAUCAAUUGAAAGUGAAAGAAGAGCCGCUAACGCCGACAUCGAAAAAGUCCCCGAUCACUUCAAAUUAUCUCCCAUAUUUGAAUGGAGCUCAAAGCGAUGCAGCUCGUUUCGCGAUGAAAACCCAGCCAGCGCAUCAUCAUUCAAAAGAAAACAAUCAAAAUAACACGAAUAGAAGCUAUCUUCCAACGAUU